UGUGUAAAUGUCAACAAACGUAAUUUAGUGAAUAUAAGUUUUAAUGUAGUGAAAAAUAAUGAAAAUAAAAAUUAUUGAAAGAAUGAAGUAAAUUAUUAGUAAUAGUAUAUAAAAAUAAAUAUAAACAUUAAUGAUGCAAUGACGCAAAGUUGACAAGCAUGUAGGAGAAAAUAAAAAUAUUUUGUAAUAAAGAAAAAUAUAAAAAUUCCAUAGAGAUCCAUAGAUCAUAAUAUCUUAUCGCAAAAAUAUUUCAAAAUAUAUUUAGACAAAAAAAUUAUUAAUAGAGAUAAAGGAAAAUAGCACGGCAUUUGGUGUCUGCCUACUAAGUUAAAAAUCAACUAAUUAUAAACGCAAGCAGCGCACAAUUACAGUAACAGUACAAUCCAUAUAUGGCACAUAUGUCUGAACACCGGAAGCGCAACACUUUUACCAGUUAUGUUAGCACGCCACAAAGCAGUUACAUGACAGCGCCUGGUGCUGAUGAAUGGUGUUUCACUAGUGAUAUGCGUGACGUACUCAUACUAUCCAAACCACGUUUGUUGGCGAAAGAGCUUAUAGCAGCCUCUGCGCCAGCUUACAUGUACCCUUCGAUUACGCCAAUCGAUGAUGCUGAUACUCCGAAAGAGGCGAUUUUUGGUUUAUUAAGUGUAACAAACUUCAAAUUGUCAUUUGUGCCACUACCGCGGCAAUCGCUGACCCUACCACAGGAAUCAUAUCAGGAACAUUUGUAUUUGCAACGAAACGAUGUGACGCUUAACAAUAUCGAUUAUGUGUACCAAAUAGGGGAAGGUGGACGUACAAUUGCUUUGACGGGUGGCAGCAAACGUAAGAAGCUGGAUAACCAACAGAAAGUCAUGAGCGGAAGGAUUGCUGCAUUGCACAUAGUUUGUAAAAAUUUUCGGUUUUUGAAAUUUUCAUUUCAACAAUCUUAUGGUGAUAAGGAUUAUGGCAAGUUAAUAGCAUCUGCACUGGCGCGUUUUGUUUAUGCUUCACGACAUGAUCUCAGUUUCGGUUUCUGCUACAGGGAACCCUACUACUCAACACUAGAGAAGUCCAGUGUGACUAUGUACAGGUCGAAAAAUGAUUGGGCACGAGAAUUAAUACGCUGUGGCGCCACAGAGUGGCAAGUGGUUAGCGCUGAAAAUGUGCCGCAACUGCAAAAUAAAUUACAGUCCACGAAGUACACGCUGCCGCCGCAUUUCGUCAUACCAAAAUGUUGCAGUGUGGAGCGAUUUUUAGAUUUAUCGCGUGCAUUUUGUGAUUCGCGUGCUGCAUUUUGGGUUUAUGGUUAUGGCAAUGCAUCGCUGGUGCGGUUAGCAGAGUUAAAAGCAGCAGUGCAACAGGACACCAAAUUGGAAAAUGUCACAUUGGAAUUGGUGAGGAAAUGCGAUGAACGAAAAUUGAUUAAUCUGUUGCAGUUAACAGAAUGCUUGCCUAGCAUACAGGAUGUGCAACGGGCUUACUUAAAAUUUCGAAGGUUGUGCACACCAGAAAGUCCGCAGCAAUUUUUACUGCAGGAAUCAAAAUUUCUGACGCUAUUGGAGAAAUCAAGUUGGUUGUUUUACGUGUCAUUAUGCUUGAGAUAUGCAUGUGAGGCGGCAGAAUCGUUGCGUGCUGGUAAAACAUGUGUCUUACAAGAGACUAAUGGACGUGAUCUAUGCUGUGUCAUUUCUAGUUUAACACAAAUAAUACUAGAUCCGUUAUUUCGCACAAUCGAUGGCUUCCAAUCGUUGGUACAAAAGGAAUGGAUAGCAUUAGAGCAUCCAUUCAAAACGCGUCUCGGACAUGUACGCGCAAGCACAGACUCUGCGGAGGAAGAUGAAAGUCCAGUAUUUUUGUUAUAUUUAGAUUGUGUAUGGCAGCUUUUACAACAAUAUCCGGAUGAAUUCGAAUAUAGCGAAACUUACUUAACAAGUUUGUGGGAUUCGUGUUUUCUACCCAUUUUCGAUACAUUUCAAUUUGAUACGGAAGCGGAACGUGAACGCGCUGUAACACAGAUGGAUUUAGUACAACGUCCUGUGUGGGAUUGGAGUGAGCAAUUUUCAGAAAAAGAUAAAGUAUUCUUUACCAAUCCCUUCUAUCAGCGUCGACCGCAGGAGCAUAAUGUACGUAGGUCUAUUGCUAUACCAGCAGGUGCGGUGAUGCUACCAGGACUAGCACAAAUUACACAACCCAAACAACAACAAACACAGCAAAGAUACACGAUUAAUCCACAGUUAUUUGUACCACAGUCUACUAUACCAAAAGACAGAUAUCUGUCACCGCAACAUAAAAUGGCACACUUGGCUAUUUGGGAGCAAUGUUAUUAUCGUUGGAUGCCAAUACUCGAAAUCAAACAUGGUGGCUAUCCGCCAGUUGAUCUAUAUCAUCGUUUCCUAUUGAGUAAUAUUGCUAAAUUGCAACGAAGUAUUGAAUUGCAAGAAUUCGAAGAUUUGCCGGAUAUUUACUAUGAAAUUACCGGAGACGAACGCACAACCGAUGCGGGCUGUACGAAACGUAAUAGCAUCGAAAUGAUUGACGGCGUCGAGAGACGGCGAAAGUCGCUGCCCACUACGAAUGGCAUCAAUCCCGGUAGUAUAUUACCUGAAAUAUCAUCAUUUUUCCCUUUUAGCAUUAAUGUAGGUCAAUCGCAACAAUUAUUCGAUAUAUUGAAUGAUAGCAAAGAGUAUUUAUUGGAGGGUUCGAUUAUGGAUAAACUUUCAAUUACGUAGGAAGGCGGUUAAAUUACUAAGUAAUUACAUACCUAAACCCAUACAUAUAUUUUUAUUUUUAUAUUUUCUAACAACACUGGUAUAUAACUUAUUGGUUAAUAUUUUAAUUGAAAUAACUUACAUCGAGUGUAAAUGUAAUGAAGAACUUCUUUUGUAUUUUUGAACUAAAAUAAUUU